CCGCAGUGUAGUGAAGUAUACACACGUAGCACUUCAUAAACAAUCAACGUUCAACGAAAACUGAAUCCCAGUCGGCCAGUCGAACAUUUUCAAGUAUUGAGAGAAAGCAAGGCCAAGAUGCUUCAAUCAGCAAUACAAGCAGCAUUUAGACCGACAGUUAGGUACCUUAGCAACAGUUCUUCAUGUUUGGCUGGGAAAAAAUGGAGAGAAAGCCAAGGAUUAGGACGAUCUGGUAACGAGUAUGGACCUCUCACUGAUAAUCCUGAUUGGUCAUUUGCAGAUGGACGACCUGCUCCUCCACAAACUCAUCAGCUAAGGAGAAAGGAAGAACAGCGGGAACUUGCAGAGCAGAUUGAUAUUCUAUCGAAGGAGAUGCUGCAAGGGAAGGUUAAAUAUCAAGAGAAGAUGAAAGGAGAGAGGAGAAAGGAAGAGUUGAGAGCGGGAAUGCGACUGAAACCCAAAGGAAGUGCCUGGAAACAAGAAGAUUAUGUAGAACGGAGACGGACAGCAUCGUCUAAGAAAAUACAAUCACAGCGGUGACACAAAGGAAUAGAUACAGCCUUGAACUAUUUUUGUUGAAUACACUCUCAUUCAAAAUUGCCUAUGUGAGACUGCUCUUUAACAGAACUUCAUUCACGGAAUAACCCAUUUAAUAUUAUUUCUUGAAAUGGGAUGCAUUUCAGUCUGCAUAAGUCAACGCCUGUGAAAUUGGAAGCAAUUUUUCAGACAAGGAUGGUUUAUUCAUAUCAGUGAUAGAAUGCAUUUGCUUUUAUUUUACACUCAGAGAUUAAGUUGGUUUUGAAAUUGAAUAGAAUAGAGUAUAGUUUAAACAUUUGAAUAGCAGUAUUCAAAAAUUCAAAUGACAAAUUGUUAAGGAUUUUUCAAGUGUCUGUUAUUUACUUUUGAACAAUUACAAGUAAAUAUGCAAAUUUAUGUAAUUUAGGGAAAUGAAGAUAUCAUUCUAGAUGCUCAUAAUUAAAAAAAAAUAAUUAUCAAAACUUUUUUAUAUUUAGAUAUUUAUAUAUAGACGGGGUGAUACAUAGAAGGUUUGUUUUGGUCAGAUGUACUCUCCUUGCUACUGCGCGAUUUGUGCUCGAGUGACAUCAUGACCUAUGACAAUACAGUAAAUGACAUUCCUUCAUACUUCCUGUGUACAAAUCUCCCUAGGCCUUGAUAUGCAUGAAGUUAGUAACCAUUAACAAUGAUAUUGGCAUGCCCUAAUGCGAUGCAUGUCCUCUUCCCCUGUAAUAAUCUUCAAAGAGCCCCUAGCCUAUCAUGAAGAUGAGAUUGGACUGCCUUUGUGACAAAAAUGACUGAUGAGUACUCUUGUUGAGCUCUCACAAACUUUACAACUUAACAAUAAUAAAUAUUGCAUAUUUAUUGUCAUCAAAUAUACCAUAAUGUGUGUACACAGUGUCUAUUUUGAUUAGAAACCGUGCAUGUAAUGUACAUCUUCCUAGUGAUGACAAAUAUUGUUGUUUUUUUUUCAGUGGCAUGUAGAGGGAUUUCACACAAAUCAAUUUCAACUUUUUUGUUAUUUCAUGGUUUCCAGCAGACCUACAAGUCAUGUCACUUGGUCUUUUUUUGUGAUUGUCAGUCCACAUGUGCUUUUCAAAAAUUAGAAGAGAUAAGCAGAUGGAAACUUACAUGGCAACAAAUUAUAUAUAUAUAUAUACAUUUGAGGAUGAUGCAGUUAAUGAAGUAUUGCUCCUAUCUGUGGUUCUCAAAUUAUCAGAAUUGAUUCGAGUUUACUUUUUCAUAUGUUUAAUAUUGAAAAACUAUCUUUGCUUCUAUCUCAUGUUUUUGUUUAUUAGUAUUUUAGACAAUCGUGAUGUGUAAUCAUUGUAGAUGGGACUGUGUGUUGGAAUUUGAGACAUUAAGAGGGAACAUAUACCUUAGGGAUCAGUUGGUAUCAUGUAUGAAAUAGAGGUGUCUGAUAUAUUGAAUACACAGGUGUAUUAAUGAUGAUGAAUAGUAAUGAUGUCAUAUUUAUUUAGGGUAGCCACUUCAGUUCUGAAAACUUUCUAGUCAGGCAGCAUGGGUCAUGAUUUGACUGCUACUUUGACUAAUUUGCCAAGUUGGAUUUUUUACUUUCAUGUGUUCAAUUACAUGACAUGGAUAAUUUUCAACUAGGUAUAAAAUUUCUAAUAGUUAUCUUGGCCAUCUGACGGGUCAAAAUCAGGUCCUUCCUUUAACCCUAGCUCGUUCCAUCCACAUGUGAACAUUGAUCCGCAAGGGUCCGCCACUGGUAUCAAUCUUGGGCGAUGAGGACUGCUUCAUUCUAAUUUGUAUCCCAAUCAGUAAAGUCUCUUUAAUUGUUCUCCACCAUGUUCGGGACCAUGUUAGAUGUGGUCUACCUCUCUUCCUUUUCCCUCCUUCUGGUUCCAUGUAACAGCCAUCCUGACUAUGCUGCUUUCUGGCAUCCUUAGGACGUGACCAAGCCAUGUCAGCCUUUGUUUUUGAAAUUAUUUGGCUGAGUAACUUUCGGUUUGUUUGGUUCCUUACAUCCUAAUUGUAUUGUGUUCCCUCCGUGAGAUAUUUCAGAUCCUUCGUAAACAUUUGCUAUGAAAAGCAUCUAGCAUUUCCCUGUCUCUUACCGUCAUUUCGCAGGUUUCACUGGCAUAAAAGAGGAUUGGGGUCAAAUUUUGAAAAUGCCCCUACUGCAUUGAUUGACAUGCCAAAUAUUUUUCUUGUUGUAAUGAACAGAAGAGUGUACAGCAUCAUUCGUGUAUACCCUGGGCCUGGACCUCUUGUUAAGAAGUUAAUUACCAGAAAGUUUGAAAGGUCAACAAAUUUAAAUUAGAAGGCGAUCCACUAAAAUCAGGGAAUUAGACAUUUCACACCAAUUUGAAAGUUUCUUGUGAUGUCCUUGAACAUAAAGUGAAAAAUCAAACUUGGAAAAUUUGUCAUAGAUCAAUGGUCAACGCUUUCUGGCUAAUUUUACCAGCAGGCCCUACGUAUUAAACAUCAUUUUAUGUUAUUGUAAGUAAAUCUUUUUUUAAUGCUAACAAAAUUCCAAUGAAAACUC